AGCUCUGUUGGCGGCGCAAGUCUCCCGCAUAGCCGCGCACGGAGCUAGGGGCUCCUACACACCUGGCUCCCCGCCCGGCCCUCCCGCAGCCUCCGCCUCGGCCAGACGCGCCGCGCCUCCAGGCCAUGAGGCCGCCGAUCUACCGCUGCCACAACACCACGUCGGUGGAGAAGGGCAACUCUGCUACGAUGGGCGGAGUGCUCUUCAGCGCUGGCCUCUUGGGCAACCUGCUGGCCCUGGGGUUGCUGGCGCGCUCGGGGUUGUGGUCUUGCCCGCCGCGCCCGCCGCCCUCGGUUUUCUACGUGCUGGUGUGCGGCCUGACGAUCACCGACUUGCUGGGCAAGUCUCUUGUGAGCCCCUUCGUGUUGGCCGCCUACGCGCAAAACCGGAGCCUGCGGGGUCUCGUGCCGUCGGGCAGCUCUCUGUGCCAAGGCUUCGCCUUCUUCAUGUCUUUCUUCGGGCUCGCCUCGACUCUGCAGCUGCUGGCCAUGGCCCUGGAGUGCUGGCUCUCCCUAGGGCACCCCUUCUUCUACCGGCGGUACAUCACCCCGCGCCGGGGUGCACUAGUGGCUCCCGUCGUGAGCGCCUUCUGCCUGGCUUUCUGCGCGCUGCCCUUUGCGGGCUUCGGGAAGUUCGUGCAGUACUGCCCCGGCACCUGGUGCUUCAUCCAGAUGGUCCACGAAGAGCGCUCGGUGUCAGUGCUGAGCUACUCAGUGCUCUACGCAAGCCUUAUGCUGCUGCUGGUCCUCGCCAUCGUGCUGUGCAACCUGAGCGCCAUGCGCAACCUCUACGCGAUGCACCAGCGGUUGCGGCGGCUUCCGCGCUCUAGCCCCAGGUACCACGCGGAGACCCGCGCCGGCGAGGAGGAGGAGACCUCGCAGCCUCUGGAGGAGCUGGAUCACCUCCUGCUGCUAGCCCUCAUGACCGUGCUCUUCACGAUGUGCUCCCUGCCUUUAAUUUAUCGUGCUUACUAUGGAGCCUUCAAAGCUGUUCACGAGAAAAGUGAGACCUCUGAACAAGUCAAAGACCUCCAGGCUUUGCGCUUUCUGUCUGCCAUCUCAAUUGUGGACCCUUGGAUUUUCAUCAUUUUCAGAACAUCAGUGUUUCGGAUGUUUUUCCACAAGAUUUUCAUAAGGCCUCUUAUGUACAGAAAUUGGCACAGCAAUUCUUACCGAACUAACAUGGAGUCCAGUCUGUGACCGUGUUUCACUCUCUCUGGUGCCUAGCUCUGGAAUCUUAUUCUCUCUCCUGGAUGAAGCCUGAUGGAUGAAGUAAAAGGCCAGGAUCCUGGAGUUCCAUCCCAGCUGUGGGACCUUUGCCCAAAUGAAGGUGCUGUGCUCCUACAGGGGCCUCCUCACCCAUCUUCUUUGCACUUUGAGCCUCCUUCUCCUCCUCCUCCUCAUUGUUGUUGUUGUUUAAAGAGAUGUGUGCAUUGUAGAAAGUUAUCCCCCCCAAAAGAAGCAAAACUGAAGUAACACACCAUAUCUCUACUGCCAAGAAAUGACCACUAUGAACACCUUAGUGUAUGUUCUUCCAGCUACUUAUGUGUGUGUGUUUUACCAAAAUGAGAUAUACUGUGCUGUUUCAUUAUCUGCUUAUUUAUUUAAGGUUCUCCAACUUUCCAUGUCAGCAUACUUCCAUCUUGUGUAAUACCUCCUUCAUAUUCAAAUCCCACAAUAUGUUACCAAAACGUCCUUUGUUCAUUUGCCCAAAUCACAGCCCGAUCCAGGACUCUGCUUCACAUCUGGUCAUUAUGUCCUUUAAGCCCCUUGAUCUAGCUUGAUCUAGCACAGUCCCUCUUUUUUUUUUUUUUUUUUAAACCUCUUAGUUGAGACCCAGCCAGCUGUCCCACAUUCUGAAUUUGUCUGCUUGCCACCUUCCUGUGCUGUUUAUCUUGUUCUUCAACCACUGAAAUAUAAGUCUGAAAGUUAAAACUAAAGACUUGAUGAUUUCAAGUUAAUUUUUGUUUUAGUCAGAAUAUAUCAUAGGUCACAUACUUCUGGUUAAAUUUUCAUGUCAGAGAUGAUACAUAUUAACUGGUUGCUAAGAUUCACCCCUGGGUUAAGAGUAAUGACAGUUUGAGCCUUUUAUUGAAAAAAAAUUAAUACCCUUGUACUGCUUGAAACAAGAAAGUGAUCUCUAUGGUAUUGCUUUUGGUCUUAUAUGAAUGCCUAGUUCCCAUCAAUCCUAUACCUAAAUGUUUUGAUAGAAACAAACAUCUUGUCAAUAAUUUUAAUAGGGGUGACCAAAGACAGAUUUUCUAAUUCUGUCAUUUUCUACAUACUUGGCUAGCACUCUUCUAUAAAAUAGAACUUUCCCUAAUUGAUCAGGGCUAUUUGCCUACUCUAACAUGUAUUCCUUAAAGGAAAGAUUGUAUAAAUGCUUAAUUCUUUCUCCUUAGUUACCAGUUGUCAAAGUAAGAAGUCAAUUUGAAAACCAUCUCAAAUGGUUACCUAGGAGUUCUCUUUUGGUUCUCCUCUAUCUCUCUCUCUGUCCCUUCCCCCUCCCUCUCUCCCUCCUGCCCUUACUCCCUUCUCCCCUCCCUCUCUCUCUGUCUCUUUUGAAUAUCUUUAUAUAGACACAUGGAUUUUUAUAAUUCAGUUUGAUUCAAAUAUGCUAAAUCAUUUUAUCCCAGUCCUCAAUUUAUUCUUAAUAUUUUUUGCUAAUAUUCUUUUCUGUCAUUUAUUGAGGCAGUACUCUUUAUUUUAUAAAGAGUGUGGUGCAUUUUUGUCUAAUAUAAACAAUUUUCUGCCUUUUAACUAAUUUUCAACUUAACAAUUCACAACUAUAAAAAGUAUUUAACCUCUGGCCUGCCAACUCAGUAGUUUGUUGUCCAUUUUCUUUCCAAUUUUUAAAUUUCCAUUGCUGUUGUUUCUUCCAUUGUCUCUGUCUUCAUGGAGGGAAGGCAGAAUCCAGGGCAUGAUAGGUCUUAUAAGCUACAUUGAAGAAUUUAGACUUUAAUCUGAAGGCAGUGGAGAUACAUGGACCGGUUAUAAACAGGGAAGAAUCAUGAUCGGAUCUUCUUUUUGGAAUGAUCACUCGGGCCGUAACAUGAAUAACCGGACAGAGGUAAACAGGACUGGAGGCUGAAACACCAGUUAGGAAGUAUCCUAACCUGCAGUCAUUCAGGUAACCGGGUCUAAGAAAGUGGGAGAUGAAGAGAAGUAGAUGAACUGAAAAGGUGUUUAGAAAUAAUCUCCAUGAGGAUGUGGUAGUUAUUUACAGGUUGAGGCCUAAGGAGAGAGAAGAGUUAAGGAUGACCCCAGCUUUCUGGCUUGAACAGUUGUAUGGACAGUGAUGCUAGUCACUGGGAUGAAGAACAGUGGAUGAGAAACCAGCUUGAGGGGGAAGUACAGGCACACCUCGGAGAUAUUGCAGGUUCAGUUUGAGACCACUGCAAUAAAGUGAGUCAUGCAAAUUUUUUGGUUUCCCAGUGCAUAUAAAAGUUAUAUCUACUGCAGUCUAUUAUGUAUGAUAUAGUAUUAUGUCUAAAAAAACAGUUUACAGGAGUUCUCAUUGUGGCUCAGCAGGUUAAGAACCCAACAUUGUCUCUGUGAGGAUGUGGGUUCGAUCCAUGGUCUCACUCAGUGGGUUAAGGA